UGAGAUUGGGCUGGCGUAAAUUAUAAAAAAUGCAGUUGUACAUUCUUAUGUUUGUUAAUUUUACAGCUACCUUUUUAUUGCAAACUAGGAUCUUCAGUGUGUGAGUUUGUUUGUGGAAGUGUGCUGUAAGUUUGCAAGCAGAGCAAAACAUGGAUUUAUGGUUGUUAGUAAGCGUCAGAUUUCCUCCUAUUGUUGGAGGGUGUUGAUACUGUCAAGGAGGAGAAGGGAAUGAGUGCGAGGGGGAGUGGGAACUGAGAGGGUGGGGAGAAAAACAUGCUGGAUACCGGCUGCUUUAAACAGACAGACAGAGAGAGAGAGAAGGAGAGAGGGGUGGGGAGUUUCCAGGAUUGUUUAAGGCUACUUUUAAAACUGCCACCCGGAGGAACAUAUUCAGUACCUCUGAAAAGCAGGAUGGCCCAGACUCUGCCUCUGCUGCUGUUGGCUGUGCUGAAUUCUCUGAGCUGCCACAGUGAGGUGAGGGCCCGGGACCCUGACGUGGAGGAAGAGGAGGCUGUAGGGAAUUUAGGAAAACCAACUGGCACUAUUGAGACGGCUCACCUUAUGGAACAGUCACAUCAGGGCAUCCCGAUGCCUCCAGCUGGCACAGCUCAAGACUCAGCGGCUUUGAGAGAGACUGUCCAUCCACCUACACGAAGAGGAAACUGGUGUGCGUAUGUGAAUCACCGUGUGGUCACCACAGCAGCACUCUGUGCUACAGAGACUCAAACAGUGAAGUCAUUGAACCCCUGUCCUGGAGGAGGUCCUGACUGUCAAGUCCUCAUGUAUAAGCAGUCCUUACGGCCAGCGUACAAGCAGAAGCAUACAACCCUCUCUUCUAUUCACUGGAAUUGUUGCCCAGGCUACAGUGGACACAACUGCCUGGAAAAAGACAAACCUUCAGAGGAUGAGAAGCUAGCUUCAAAGUCUGAGGUUAAUGACAAUGACAACUCAGGUGGUGGUACUUUUUCAGGAGGUAAGACGGAGACUGACCUAAUGGAAGAUGCAAACUGGGCUGACAAACCUCUGCAGGAAACUCCCAUUCAUGAUUCUUCUCCAAAUAAGAGACCUGAUGAUGACAGAGAAGGGAUCUCCACCUCUAAGCCCCUGCCAAUCUUUGAUUCAUCCAUUCUGCUGACAAUGCAUCAGUUAAUGUCAACAAUGAUGAGUCAGAUUCAACCAGUGCUGGAAAGCUUCAAUCAAACACUAGAGCAUCUGUCCAGUGAGGUCAACACUCUGUCUCGGGACUUGCAGCAGUUGCGGAUGGAAAAGGAAGACAACAGGUUCAUCAGCAAGGGUGAAGGUCAUAGUGGACCUUUUGAAGACAGACUAGAAUACAACCAUCUCCAAAUCAGCCAAAUAAAAACUCAACUUAAGGCACAGAAAGAUCAGAUAGAGAGGACCUUUCAGACUCAACAAGAACUGCUGAAACACAACCUAACGAAAAUGAAGGAAGAGUUGGAUGAGCAGAUCAGUCAAAGUCAGGAAUCACAGAUCAAUCUUCAAUCUCUUACUGAUUUGGUUGUGGAAGUGAGAUCUGGCCAAAAAAAGCUGGAAGGGGCACUGCAGAGAGAGCGUGAUAAAUUUGUCAAUCUGAUGGAAGGCCAGCCAACACAGGCAUCAGGAGCGUGGGAGGCCAUCACUCGAAUAGAUGAGAAGGCACAAAGUAACUCUGUUCAGCUCAGCAGCUUGUCAGAGGCUUUGAAAGACUCUUCUAGAGUCGUCCAGGAUCUGAAAAGAGACCAAGUGAAACUAGGAAAUAGUUUAGAGGAGGUCAAACAACGCACUCAAGUCCAUUUUGCGGAGACAGGUUUGGAAUUAGAAGCUACCCACAUCAAGGUGGUCAAUAGCCUAGGUGAGCUUACAGCUAACGUAAGUGCACAUGAGGGUCAGUUAAGAGAAAUUGAGCUUGAUCUGGUGAACAUCUACAAUCUACUACAAAGAAAUGAUUCAGUCACUGCUGAGCAGACCUGUAGCUGUAAAGUAAUAACCAGUUCCCUUGUUAGGUUGGAGAAGGAGGUGGAUAAUGUUACCCAACUAGCGAGACAGAAUAGUCUUGCACUUGAGGAGGCUGAUUUAGAAAGGAAUGAGGCUACUGAAAUGGAAGAUCUUCAGCACGGCCUGCUGAAUAUGAAGGAAUCAUUGGCCUUUGAGCAGGGAAGAAGCAGGAGCCUUCAAGACAGCAUUUUACAGCUACAGGAUUCAUUUCUGGACAGCAAGCUUGAGAUUCAAGGCCUGAGAGAGCAAGACAGGGAACAGUCCGCUGAAAUUCAAGGCCUAUCUGCCGCCUUCUCUUCCCUCCUGAAUGAUGCUGUACGCCACUCUGAAGUCCUGGAAGUCCUACUUGGAGAAGAAGUCUUGGAAUUCACACACUGGUCGCAAAGCCGACAGAAAGAGCUCAGUCUUCCAGAUCUUUUACAGACAAUUCAAAUGAUGCAGCAAAAGAUUGAAACACAUGAUCGGAGCCUGACUUCACUUCGGAGAAAGCAUCCUGAUGGAGAUGAGAUGAAUAGUGAUGAUCCAGUUCCAUAUUCAGAAAGGCCUGGGAUGAAACAACAGAUGAAAGACACAGAAGGUUACCAAACCUCUUCAGCAGACCCUUCGAAUGCAGAGGAUGACGUGGAUUACUCUGUUAGUGACUUCUGGAGUUUGGGAAAAGAGGUGGAACAAUUAGCAAAUAGAAUAUCCAUGUUGGAAGAGCGCUGUGGAAACAGCACUGAGCCACCUGGUGGAUCUGUUUUGGAAUUGCAGGAAGAAAUAGCAUCCUUACGCCAAAGCCUAGAGGAUCAUUUGAAACUUUUUGGAAAACUGUUCAGUAAAACAGAAGAACUAGCCAGCUCAACUAGAAGCCUGAACCUAGAUGAGGUUUGGAGGAUGGUAAGAAGAAAAGAAGGAAAGAGAAGAAGGGGGGACCAAAAGCAAGCAGACCAGAUGAGAAAUGAAGAAAGGAAUUCCAGUGGACGAGGCAAAAGAUACAGCCAAACAGAACAAGCAUGGUUCCCACAAUCCCCAGUGGUGUUCGUCACAAACCUGGAUGACAUAAAGAAGCCAAAUGCGGAACUCACAUCUAAAAACAUUCUUCUGAACUAUGGUGGUAUGUUUAAACCUACAUCAGGAGUGUUCCAGGCCCCUGAGACAGGACUUUAUCUCUUUUUAGUGACCUUAGACUUUGAGAGAGGCCUUUCAUUGGCUGUACUGAACCGCAGUGGCGUUCCAAUAGCCACCUUCAAACAGGAACAUGGAGAAAAAAUGGGGCCGGUGAGCCGAGCAUCUCUGCUGGAGCUGCGGCGGGGGGAGACGGUUACUUUAGAAUUGACGCACGGAUCAUUACGAAAAGCACAGCCUGGGGACAACACACUGUCUGGACUACUGCUCUUCAUUACAGAGCACAAGGACAUGUUGUGAUGAGAACAGGGUGAGAGACUGAGCACAUCGUGCGUAACUGCCAGACAUGCUGUAAUUUGUAUGCAUGUAUCCUCUUCUUAAAGGUGCCAGCGAUAAUUGAAAUGUUUUGUAAAUAGUUAUGGAGUGAUCCUGAGGAACAUUCAUAAACAACUAGGUUUUUAAAAUGUGGAGGAUCUAUUAAGGUAAGGAUCACAGUGUAAAAACAAGUUGUGAUGAAUAAACAAAAGGUACCAAUACUAAUAGAGCACAUUUGUACACACAAAAGUGGAUUUCAACUAGGCAUGAGAUGAAAACUGUUUUCAAGGUAGAGCGUGGUAUAUCUACAGUAUCUUUUAGUUACAACGGUAACAAUCUUAAAAUGACCCAUGCCUAAUUUCAAAUGACCACAUCCAAUGAAUUAUUUAGUCAAGAAAAAAACAUAAUUGUGUACUAAAAUAAGGUAAUUUUACUUAAAAAUUUAUACAUUGGACUAAUUCUGUGUACAGAACAGAUUUUCCUGGUAAACAUAAGGCACCUCUCUUAAAACCAGAUGUUGUGCACAAUACAAAAAAAAAAAUCAUAUUAUUCAGGCCAUUUUACAGAUGUUCUUACAUAUUAAACAACUCUGACAAAAA